UGUAUAUAUUAUUAAAAUUUCAAACCAUAGUAUAUGGACAAGAAUUCAAAAAAUUGAUCAUGACUACAUUACACCACGUUGCUAACAUGAAACCAUAAAAGAAUCAUACCUCGGUCAAAUCUCCCAUUAUUCUUCUCCUUCGUCUUCACUGUUUACCGUUUUUCCUCUGCAACUUCUCGUUGCCUCACACUAUAUGAAUCAUCUGUAAUUUGUAGCUUCUUUAACAACCAAAAAGUUUCAAGAUUCCUAUAUCCUAAGCAAAAAAUGAAGUUACCAUCGAUUCUUUCACUUGUUGUUUCUUCCAUCUUUCUCUGCAUGAGCUUUUGCUCCUCUCUCAAUUCCGACGGUUUAUCUCUCCUAGCUCUCAAAUCCGCCGUCGAUAACGACCCGACCCGAGUAAUGACCCACUGGUCUGAAUCCGACCCGACUCCUUGCCAUUGGUCCGGAAUCGUCUGCACAAACGGCCGAGUCACAACUCUUGUACUCUUCGGAAAAAGUCUCUCCGGUUACAUUCCAUCAGAACUCGGUUUACUCAACUCGCUAAACCGGCUUGAUCUAGCUCACAACAAUUUCUCUAAAACCAUACCGGUUCGUCUCUUCGAAGCAACCAAGCUCCGGUACAUCGAUCUCUCUCACAACUCACUCUCCGGCCCAAUACCGGCCCAAAUCAAGUCCAUGAAGUCACUCAACCACCUUGAUUUCUCCUCCAAUCAUCUCAACGGUUCACUCCCUGAGUCACUCACUGAACUCGGAAGCCUCGUCGGAACCUUGAAUUUCUCUUUCAACCAAUUCACCGGCGAGAUUCCACCGUCGUACGGUCGAUUUCGAGUUCACGUCAGCUUAGAUUUUAGUCACAACAAUCUCACCGGAAAAGUACCUCAGGUGGGAUCUCUGUUGAAUCAAGGACCAAACGCAUUCGCUGGAAACUCUCAUCUCUGUGGCUUCCCAUUGCAAACGCCGUGUGAAAAAAUCAAAACCCCAAAUUUCGUCGCUGCAAAGCCGGAAGGUACUCAAGAACUCCAGAAACCAAACCCUAGUGUAAUCAGCAAUGACGACGCAAAGGAGAAGAAGCAGCAGAUCACCGGUUCAGUAACCGUUUCUCUGAUUUCUGGAGUUUCGGUUGUAAUCGGAGCUGUUUCUCUCUCUGUAUGGCUGAUCCGGAGAAAACGAAGCUCCGAUGGGUACAAUUCGGAGACAAAGACGACGACGGUGGUUUCAGAGUUCGACGAAGAAGGGCAAGAAGGUAAAUUCGUAGCGUUUGAUGAAGGAUUCGAGCUUGAGCUUGAGGAUUUGCUGAGAGCAUCGGCUUACGUGAUAGGCAAGAGCAGAAGCGGGAUUGUGUAUAGAGUAGUGGCGGCGGAAUCGUCCUCCACCGUUGUCGCCGUUAGAAGGCUCAGCGACGGCAAUGACACGUGGCGAUUUAAGGAUUUUGUGAAUGAAGUUGAGAGCAUUGGUAGGAUCAAUCAUCCUAACAUUGUACGGCUAAGAGCUUACUACUAUGCAGAGGACGAGAAGCUUCUCAUCACUGAUUUCAUUAACAAUGGCAGCUUGUACUCUGCCUUACAUGGUGGACCUUCGAAUACUCGGCCUACACUCUCUUGGGCUGAGAGGUUAUGUAUAGCUCAAGGGACUGCUCGGGGUUUGAUGUAUAUACAUGAAUACAGUUCGAGAAAGUAUGUUCACGGCAACCUAAAAUCAAGCAAAAUCCUGUUAGAUAAUGAGCUGCAUCCUCACGUCUCAGGAUUUGGUCUCACACGACUGGUUUCCGGCUAUCCCAAAGUCACUGACCAUUCACUAUCAUCCAUGACGCAAAGUAUAGACCAAGGAUUUGCCACAAGACUCUCAGUCUCAGCUCCUGCAGCUGCUUACCUUGCACCCGAAGCCCGAGCUUCUUCUGAUUGCAAAUUAUCUCACAAAUGCGAUGUUUAUUCUUUUGGUGUGAUUCUAUUGGAGCUGUUGACUGGUCGAUUACCUUAUGGUUCCUCUGAAAACGAAGGAGAAGAAGAACUCGUGAAUGUUUUGAGGAAGUGGCACAAGGAAGAGAGAUCUUUGGCUGAGAUCUUAGACCCAAAGCUUCUGAAACAGGAUUUUGCGAAUAAGCAGGUUAUUGCAACCAUCCAUGUCGCUUUAAACUGCACGGAAAUGGAUCCAGAUAUGCGUCCUAGGAUGAGAUCUGUGUCUGAAAUUCUAGGUCGGAUCAAAUAGGAAUUAACCACUUCUUAAAGAGCCGGGAUUAAUUAGUUGUGUAUGUAUUAGUCUCAGGCUAAGUGGAGUUUUGUAGUUUCUAUGGCAAGUUUAAAAGGGUUUAAGGUUUAUUUCCGGAUCAAGUGUCUGUCUCUGUUUAUCAUCACAUGUACCUUGUGUCUUAAGGAAGAGAGUUUGGUUGUGAAAUUAUUUGCCCCUUCUAGAAUCUUACACAGAUAAUAUUAAUAAGGAA